UUAUGCAAUUACGCAAACAAUUGAAAAUUCUGAAACCUCAUCGUUUGGAAUAUAAAAAAGUUACUAUCUUCGUGUUAUUUGUGUGAAUUUCAAAGAAAUUUAAAAAUGGGUAGUUGUGUUUCAAAGGAAAGAAGCUUUUGGAGAUUGACAAAGAAGAAGAAAAGGAAGGUUUUCUGCAAAAUAAGGAUCAUUAGAAGCAGAGUUUCAUCUCGUAAGCUUGAGAAUGGGGAAUUUGGUGCUGGUUCUAAGGAUUUUUUUCGUGCUAGUUCAACUAUCCAAGGAAAUGCAGACUUGGUAUGGCGUGAUUGUUUUUCAGUGUUUGAAUCUGAAUUGGAUGAAGAAUUUUAUAGCGUUAAUGAUGAGAUAAUAUCUGUCACCGGCUCUGAAAAUCCAUCUGUGUUGACUCUAUCAUCUCAAUCGAAAGUAAAUGAUCAUCCUACUGAGGGCAAUCCUGUUUCUGUGGAUGAUAUUUCUAGUGAAAGUAUUCGUGCGGAUGAAAAGCACGAGGCACAUCACAUCGAGCUUCUUCCGAAUAAUUGUUUGCCUUGUAUUCCUUCAACUGCCCUUUCACUUGAGAGAAAAAGAUCGUUUAACCCGGGUACUCCUAGUUCAAGGAAGAAAGCACCUCUGAAACUAUCCUUUAAAUGGAGGGAGGGACCUGUCACUCCGACAUUAGUUUCUCCGAAGGUGCCUUUGCAAAGACCAGUAGCUGGUAUCUCAGUCCCAUGCUGUCCGAAAGAGAAGAAGAUGCCCGAUUGUUGGUCUCCUCUAGAACCACGUUCUUUCAAGGUCCGUGGCCACAACUACUUUAGGGACAAAAAGAAGGAAUUUGCUUCAAACUCUGCAGCCUUUAUUCCCUUUGGAGUUGAUCUCUUCUUAUCUCCGCGGAAAAUUGAUCACAUUGCUCGUUUUGUCGAACUUCCGAUUUUUAAUUUAUCCGAAGAAAUUCCUGCUAUUCUUGUUGUAAAUAUUCAGAUUCCUCUGUACCCUGUUACAAUCUUUCAAAGUGAAAACGAUGGAGAAGGGAUGAAUUUGGUGUUGUACUUUAAACUAUCCGAAAGUUACUCAAAAGAGCUCCCGCAUCAGUUCCGAGAAAAUAUUAUAAGGUUAACAAAUGAUGAGGUUGAGCGAGUUAAAGGAUUCCCAGUUGAUACUAUUGCACCUUUUAGAGAAAGAUUAAAAAUGAUUAGUCGAGUGGAGAAUUUGCCAGAUCUUCACUUAAGCACAGCUGAGAAGAAGCUUAUGAAUGCUUAUAAUGAAAAGCCGGUUCUCUCACGUCCCCAGCAUGAGUUUUACUUGGGUGAAAACUACUUUGAGAUCGAUUUAGAUUUGCAUCGAUUUAGCUACAUUUCUAGAAAAGGUUUCGAGGUGUUUCAGGACAGAUUUAAGCUAUGUACACUGGAUUUUGGCUUGACAAUUCAGGGAAAUAAACCCGAAGACUUGCCGGAGAACAUGCUGUGCUGCAUACGGUUGAAUCAAAUCAACCAGAGCAAUUAUGGUCAGCUGCAGUUAUAGGCAAUAAUUCUUCUUUUUACAAAGGCAAAUGCUUAUAUAUUGUUUUUGCCAUCCAACACAAAAUUGAAGAACAG